AUGGAAUUUGCCAAUGCAAUCUCUGUACUGCGUCAAGUCUCCAUUAUUAAGCUGCCUUGGAUGUGGGUCGAGUCUUAUGUGGGCAGCUCAUUAGUAGCGCCGGAGAGAGCUUGUGCCACGACCUUUUUACUGUUGGGUGUGUUUGGAAAGUAUGGCUCUACUGGAGUGUGCUGGCCUAUGACUCACUUCACAAUCGGAGUAUAUGAUAUUGUAGAGCUAGGUUGUAUCGAUGACGGUUUAUCGGAAGUGUCAGCGUUCAACUAUCCAUAUGGCGUUGGAUGUAUUCAGAAUGAUAUCAGCGGGAUGAAAACGGAAGCUAAUUAUAUGAACAACAAUUCUACAAUUGUUGGUAUGCGGGAAAAUAAAGUAGAUGAAAGCUAG